CACAGCCCGCUUCUACGUUCGGGCUCUUUUCGGCGUCUGCCCUUAGCCGAAAUGGCGCCAGCUCGGAAGUUCCCGAAGUUCUAGAAGUUGCCGAAGCAAGUCCGGAAGCUGCCGAGCGAGUCCGGAAGUUGCCGAAAGAGAGCAGCGGGGAAGGAGGAUGGCGGAUAUCAUCGCAAGACUCCGGGAGGACGGGAUCCAAAAGCGUGUGAUACAAGAGGGCCGAGGAGCGCUCCCUGACUUUCAGGAUGGAACCAAGGCCACGUUCCACUACCGGACUCUGCGCAGUGACGAGGAGGGCGCCGUGCUGGACGACAGCCGGGUGCGUGGCAAGCCCAUGGAACUCAUCAUCGGCAAGAAGUUCAAGCUGCCUGUGUGGGAGACCAUUGUGCGCACCAUGCGGGAGGGGGAGAUCGCCCAGUUCUGCUGCGAUGUCAAGCACGUGGUGCUGUACCCACUGGUGGCCAAGAGUCUACGCAACAUCGCAGCCGGCAAGGACCCGCUGGAGGGCCAGCGGCACUGCUGUGGCAUCGCCCAGAUGCAUGAGCACAACUCCCUGGGCCACGCUGACCUGGAUGCCCUGCAGCAGAACCCCCAGCCUCUCAUCUUCGACAUCGAGAUGCUGAAGGUGGAGAACCCUGGCACGUACCAGCAGGACCCGUGGGCAAUGACGGAUGAAGAGAAGGCAAAGGCGGUGCCGGUCAUCCACCAGGAGGGUAACCGAUUGUACCGUGAGGGCCACGUGAAGGAGGCCGCUGCCAAGUACUAUGACGCCAUCGCCUGCCUCAAGAACCUUCAGAUGAAGGAACAGCCUGGGUCCCCCGACUGGAUCCAGCUGGAUCAGCAGAUCACCCCACUGCUGCUCAACUACUGUCAGUGCAAGCUGGUGGCUGAAGAGUAUUACGAAGUGCUGGAUCACUGCUCCUCCAUCCUCAAUAAACAAUGUCAAGGCCUACUUCAAGCGUGGCAAGGCCCACGCGGCGGUGUGGAAUGCCCAGGAGGCCCAGGCUGACUUUGCCAAGGUGUUGCAGCUGGACCCGGCCCUGGCGCCUGUGGUGAGCCGCGAGCUGCGGGCCCUGGAGGCGCGGAUCCGCCAGAAGGACGAGGAGGACAAGGCCCGCUUCCGGGGCAUCUUCUCCCACUGAUGGGGCCCCGCCGGCCCGGCUGCCCCGCCCGCUGCUGCUGCCAGCCCACCCCCACCCCACUAUAUCAUGCUUCUCUGUAUAUAAAGGCCUUAUUUAUCUGUCUCUCUCUCCCUCUCUGGGCCUGCCGAGCUGAUCCACUGGGAAAGCUGGGGUCAUUGCCCCUCAUUUCCUGGUACUCGGGUGGUUUGGGGAGGCAAACAAUUGGGGUUCUAAUCCCAGUUCCCCGUUCAUCAGCUCUGAGACCUCUUUGGGCCUCCAUGUGCCUGACAGAGACAAGCAUGGUCUCUGUCACAAGGGAAGUGUUUCUUGCUGGUCAGGGCCAAGGUUCCUGGGAGCCUUCAGUCUUAAGCGGGGAGAGGAAGCAAGUGCAAGCCAAGAGGCUUAGUGCCUGGGUGAGGUGGGCUCCCAGUGCAGCCCUCCCCAUCGCCCCCUCCCAACCCCCAGUCCCAUGGCCUCAGCGCAUGCAGGCAGUGGCUCCCGUGAGAAGCCAAGUCUGGGCCCCUGGGAACUGAAAGGCCGGCCCAGGUGGGGAGGGGAGGCUGACUCUCCAGGCCCUGCCC